GCCGAUUACCCGUCUUGACGAAGCACUACACCCUUCGGUUUCCCUCACAUCUUCGCAAACAAGACAAUGUGUAGCCCAGUUAUCGCGUCCUAUUGGUGGUCUACUGGCGGAAAGCACCGACAUGAGCCGCGUACCCGUCGUCGUGCAUGCCAUGAUGCCUUUGCUGCUUCGUGACAUCUGAAGACAUAGUGUGUGCAUUGCAAAGCUGAUGUAUAUAAUAAGCCUAAGAAAUCAGUGGGUCUAGGCGAGAUCACUCUCGGAGCUUCGAACUUUCGAAAAACGUUUCCAAUCCUAUCUAGCCAUGUUGACAAUCAACACCAAUCCUGUUCUGCUAGCCGCAAUAAACCUAUUCUUUUGCAACACAUGCUACGCACAAGCCUUGAACGACUCAUCCGUACUGGGCUGUUCCCCUCCUAUCAGUACCAUCGUCAACGGCCACCUACCAUUCAACUCGACGGGUACAUUUCGUUUAGACCCGGGCUCAGCAUUUGACGAUCCCUGGUAUCUCAGCAUUACCAUAACCGAUAGACGGGGUCCUAACUACGUUCACGGAGACAGCUUGACCUGGCAGGAGAGGGAAACCUUCCUUAGCGUUCCGGAUUCACUGACUGAAAAUCAGCACGGCAGCCAGACUCAGUACUGCAUGUACACAUUGCCAUCGCUGGAUGUGAGGAAUCAAGAGGAACAUGGAAGCUGCAUAGGGGUGCUGAGUAACGCAUGCAUAGAACAUGUGCAGUACAACACGCCGACCAUGUUGGACAAUCUAUGCCCAAGACCAUAUGAACUCACACAAAUAUGCGGGUCAUAUGGGGAACAUGUGAUAGGUAGCCCACGAAAUUUCUCAAGCACCGAGUGUACUUUGACCAGACUUCCAAACGUCGAUCUACCAGAACGUUAUCGGACAUAUGCAUAUAUGAGCACGGCUAUAAGGAAAGGCGGAGACGAUCGAGAAGGUUACGAUGCCUAUGACAGGCACGUUAAGGAAGCAGUUCCCACGGUGUUCACCAUAAAGGCUCCGGAUGGCACCAUCGAAACCAAAGUCGUUUGUCUAGCACCGGAUAAUGUGGUAGAGGGCAGUCGUAUCCCUCCAGAAUCUGCUGCCAGCCACUUGCGCUCCGGACCUGAGCUCAAAAGAGCCUCGGUCUCCGUGGCUCUUGUGUCGAUUUUGUCCUUCAUUCUAUAAGCCAGGCCUCGUUCUUUCCUUCUUCCAACGACUAAUCCGGGUGACUUGCAGUGGUGACAAAAGUUGGAGCCCGG